AUGAAAGAGUUAUCAGAAAAAGUGGAUGAAGCUUUGCGUAACGGGGUUGAACGUGGCGAGCGCAGUGUGAAUCAAUUGAGUCGCAGUAUUGCUAUGCCACCGUUGGCAACACAUAUCAAUCGCUCUGUGCGGCAGUCACAAUCCCCACCACCGGCAGCAGCGCCACCGUCACCACCACCGUUACCGUUACCACCCCAGCCGAUACAAGAACAUCUACAACGAAAAAUACAGGACCAAGAAAACCAAGUAUCACAGAGUUCACAAACUUCCCCAGACGUGAUUAAACCAUCGUCUUCAAACAGUUCAUCACGAACCGUCCGUCCAAACCCGGAAACCUCUGUAGAGACGCCUCGAUCAAGCGAAUCGCAGUCCGAGGUCAACUUCUUCCCACUCGCUCAACAGCUUCUAUACUACACAGUUGUGGUAUUUUGUGUAUACAAAUUGACCGGAUGGUUGCACAUCCGACCCACAUUUGGUGAACCGACGGAGGAGCAUAGUUUUCUCUAUCGUUUUGUCAUGGUCCUUUUUCACUGGAUUUUCGGUUUAGAGUAA